AGCAUAAUAAUAGGUUACAUAACCCGGUAUUAAUCUGCGUCCCCAGCGCCUUGUGUAAGCGGCUCGGGGGAGUCGGGCGAAGCGGCACGGAAGGCCAACCCUUAACUACCAUUAUCUACUAACAUAAGGAUUGCUACUCAAGGAAGUCCUUUGCUCCAUAUUCUGCAAUAACUCAAGGACAAGGGAGCAGCUUUGCCAGUAGUCUAUAGGGAACAAUGUUACGAAACAGUUUGUCAAGAUUAUUGCAAUCAAGAAGAAUAACUGAACCAGCCAGAAAUGUCAUGGUUUUAUCAUCACUUGCAUCACAGAAAUUUGGCAUGUGCAUUCCAGUUUCUCAGAGCAGUUUUAUAACAAAUACUCUGUGGUCAACUGCAUACCUUCCCAACACUAUGCCUCAGUACACAAGCAAGAGAUAUUCAAGCACAGAUGCAAGUUUGUUCAAACGCUUCAUAAAAAAGAUGGGACUCUUAAAAUAUUCAAGGACGAAACUGAAAAGGUCUGGUUUUCUCCUGUAUUCUGACUUGACUGAGAAAGUGAGGGUUGAUGAAUUUGUUGAGGUUUGUGAGCUCCCAGACACAUUUUACUCCUGGUUUUUGGUUACUGAGCUUCACAUUUGGAUGCUGAUGGUGAGGCUCAUGGCUGAGGGAAAUGAAGGAAGAUUCACCAGAAAUGCUCUCAUAGAGGCAUUGUGGGAAGAUGCAGAUGCGAGAUCAAAAAAGCUUGGGGCAGCAUCUUUAAGCAUACGGAAAGAACAAAUGGAAGCAAUCAAUUCCUCAUUCCAAGCGGCUUUGUUUGGAUACGAUGAAGCCCUGAUUGAAGAUGACCGUGUCUUAGCAGGUGCUCUGUGGCGUAGGCUGUUCUCUAAGAAGUGUGAAGAUCCAGAGAGGCUGGAGUGUUGUGUGCAUUAUGUUAGGAGACAGAUUGCAUUGCUGGACAGCUUAUCUCGAGAAGAAAUUUUGAUGGAUUGCAAAGUAAAAUGGGUUCCACUUCUGGAGAGAGAUUAAUAAAUAUAUUCAUUAUACACUUCCCAGAAAUCUACCUUAGUGAAAAAGUACAACUGCUGAAAAUUAGAUUAAUUUGUGAUGUAUAAUUUCAAUGUUAUUAACAUCACUGUCAAAAAUGAAAAUAUUAGAAUACAAUAAAUGUUUUUACAGGUGUCAUUUUGAGAAAAAAAAAUGUAAACUUGGAGGAUAUCUUUCCCACUCUGAGAUGCACUGUGCUUACUGCUGACCUUGUAUCAGGGAUGCAUGUUAGUGUCUGUUAUUUAUUGUUGUGCUAUUACAGGUUUUUGUAAAUAUGUAAUAUAAAUGUGUUGAUAUUUAAUUUA